GACCUAAAAACUACUCUCUUUUUUGUUAAGACAGAGAGAAACAUAGAAAAGGCAGAAAAACCCGAUUGGAGUGUUGCCUCAGAUUGUGGGGGAAAAACAAUGGCGGAGAUGGCUGAUUCGCGUAGCAACAGAGCAGCUGUUCAAGCCACCAACGACGACGCUUCGGCCAGCAAAUUGUCCUGCGUUAAAAAAGGGUACAUGAAGGAUGACUAUAUCCAUUUAUUUGUUAGGAGACCCGUGAGGAGAUCUCCCAUAAUAAAUCGUGGCUACUUUGCGCGUCGGGCUGCUCUUCGGAAGCUUCUUUUUCAAUUUGUGGACACUGAGAGAAAUGGGGAUGAAAAAGUUCAAACUAAGAAGCAGAUAUUAUCACUUGGAGCUGGUUUUGAUACUAUGUUUUUUCAAUUGCAGGAUGAAGGGAAAGCCCCACAUUUAUAUGUGGAAGUGGAUUUUAAGGAGGUUACUAGUAAGAAGGCUGCACUUAUAGAGAGUUGCAAUCAGUUGAGGAACAAAAUUAAUCCAUCGGCAUCCAUUUCACGAGAUAAAGGAGAAGUACUUAGUGAUAACUAUAAAUUACUCCCGGUGGAUUUGCGUGACAUAAACAAGUUAGAUGACAUCAUAACAUUAGCUGAUAUGGAUCCCAGCUUGCCGACUUUUAUAAUAGCAGAAUGCGUUUUGAUAUACUUGGAUCCAGAUUCAAGUAGUGCUGUAGUUGGUUGGGCAUCAAAGACAUUUACUACAGCAAUAUUUUUCUUGUAUGAACAGAUUCAUCCAGAUGAUGCUUUUGGGCAACAGAUGAUUAAGAAUUUGGAGAGCCGAGGCUGUGGACUCCUGGGUUUAUAUGCCACACCAACGUUACAAGCAAAGGAAAACCUUUUUCUUGACCAGGGAUGGCAGAGAGCUGUUGCUUGGGACAUGCUUAAAGUUUAUAGUAAUUUUAUUGAAGCUCAGGAAAGACGUAGGAUCGAACGGCUAGAAUUGUUUGAUGAAUUUGAAGAAUGGCACAUGAUGCAGGAGCACUACUGCGUGGCUUAUGCAAUCAACGAUACCAUGCUUUUUCUCAAAUGGCUCAGGGUCUGUUCGGGGAUUUCGGCUUUCACAGCAAUCAGCAGCACGUGCUAAACCCCUCAUCAGCCUCGCUAUGAAAGCACGAGCUUAAGCUUUCUUUGCCAAUGCCAAGUUAGGCUAGAACAAAGCUCGUGCUUCUGACACGUACGACCCCAGCCCAGCAGCCUUGUAUGGUGGGGGUUUUUGGGAUUGUCACGUACACAAUAACUACUAGUUAUUCUUUUUACCUAUGACAUGAGUUGAAUCUUUCUGUGUGUUUUUGUUUGUUUUACUAAAGAAAGUAGGUCAUGUUUGGUUGUUGAAAAAUUAAUGGAAUUAAGAGAAAUUCCUUUUUAUU